AUGUCUUCUCAACAGCUCAGUCCAUACAAAGCUUUACGGCACAGAAUAGUCCAGCUCACAACUUCGCCAGGUUUGUCAUGCAGAGCGAAGCUCUGCAAAGAUCAGCGCGGCGCAGUUGGUGAAAUUUUUUCCGAAAAGAUCAAAAUGAAGUCAUCCUAUCACGACCAGUUUGGACAAACUUCUCCUAUCCGAAGACCAUCUCCUAUAUACCCCAAAGAUAACGUUAUAUUUGAAGGAAAAUGCGAGUACGUAACACAAUCAAGGCUAAACUUCUGUGAGAAGCCCUACUAUCAGAACCAAAAUCGGCCCCGCUCACAAACCCCUGACCGCAACCGAAGCGACAAUUUUUUGACAGAUGCCAUGACUAAGCGAUUCGAGGCAAGGACAGAAAAGCAAGACCAAUUCGCAAACUUCCAGAUCUCAUAUUCUACUCCUAGGACUAAAAAGUCAGUUAAUUUUUGUGUAUAA